AUUCACAGCCUGUGUCUAGGCUGCGUCCUUCUGGCCUCUGGGACAUCCCCACCGCACCCACAGCUGCCGUUCAUCCAUCUGCUGCCCACUGAGAAAAAAUGGCACCCAAGAAGGCAAAGAGAAGGGCAGCAGCCGAAGGAGGAAGCUCAAAUGUCUUCUCCAUGUUUGACCAAACACAAAUUCAGGAGUUCAAAGAGGCUUUCACUGUCAUUGACCAGAACAGAGAUGGUAUCAUUGACAAGGAAGACUUGCGAGACACAUUUGCUGCUAUGGGGCGACUGAACGUAAAGAAUGAGGAGCUGGAUGCCAUGAUCAAGGAAGCCAGUGGCCCAAUCAACUUCACUGUCUUUCUCACCAUGUUUGGAGAGAAGCUGAAGGGUGCUGAUCCCGAGGAUGUGAUCAUUGGUGCCUUCAAAGUCCUGGACCCUGACGGCAAGGGCACUGUCAAGAAACAAUUCUUGGAAGAACUCCUGACCACCCAGUGCGACCGGUUCAGCCAUGAAGAGAUCAAGAACAUGUGGCACGCCUUCCCUCCAGAUGUAGCUGGCAAUGUCGACUACAAGAACAUUUGCUAUGUCAUCACACACGGAGAGGACAAGGAAGGGGAAUAAACCCCGAGUUUUCCACCUUUGCUUUGUGGGGGAAUCCACCUAGACACCCCCAGGCUGGGGAACUUCCCUUAUGCUGGUCCCUGAUAAUCCACACACUUCUGUGCCCCAACAAUGCAAUGUCCACCGGUUAUUUAUUACUGUUAUGAUCACUUGGGGAGGAAUAUUAUACCCCUCAAAGCCAAACUCUGCCCACCUCAGCUAGUCUUAACCUAAUCGGGACCUGCCUUCAUAAAAUGUCUUAAUAAACAUGAGGACAGCUCUGUUUCUAC